UCUGGCUCACCGGACGAGUUGUCAUGGCAACUGUACAGCAUGUGCUUACAAAAACAAGAGCUUGACCGUUCACCGACAGUUCUCUCGACAUUCGAGAUCUAGCUAAAACGCAACGACGCCAUUUUAUUCUUCAAGCAUUUAUCAGAGAAGAAGAAGACACUUGUUAAAACAGAGGUGGACAGUUAACGAUGAGCGGAACCAAAGCCCGCAGCGACACGCCUGUUGCUGAAAAUGUCUCCGGUGGCGGCCACAGCAUUGCGGCUCCUCCGCGGGACCGCAAGCCUGGCGGAGGGGUUCUGAAGAGGCUCAAGUCCCGGAGGAGCCAGGUGGACAGCAGGCCCGUCACGGAGGAAGACCUGCGGACACAAAGUGGACACAUCACGCCGGAGGAUGUGUUAGGACUGCGGGUGGCUGCUCGAGGGUACCUCUGUAAACCUGAGGACAAUAUUUAUAACAUUGACUUCGUACGCUUUAAGAUCAGAGACCUGGAGACAGGCACUGUCCUGUUUGAGAUUGCCAAACCCCCACAUACAGACGAUGAGGAGAACAGAGAGGCAGACGCGUGCGCAGGCCGAUUUGUACGCUACCAGUUCACCCCAGCCUUCCUGCGCCUGAGGACCGUGGGAGCUACGGUGGAAUUCACAGUUGGAAACCGGCCUUUAAACAACUUCCGCAUGAUCGAGAGGCACUACUUCCGCGAUCACCUGCUGAAGAGCUUUGACUUUGACUUUGGUUUCUGUAUCCCAAACAGCCGUAACACCUGUGAGCAUAUCUAUGAGUUCCCUCAGCUGUCUGAGAGCCUGGUCCGUCAGAUGGUGGAGUGUCCUUAUGAGACCCGGUCAGACAGCUUCUAUUUCGUCGAGAACAGACUGGUCAUGCACAACAAGGCAGACUAUGCUUAUAACGGAGGACAGUGAUAUCGGCCUGCUGCAUGCAAAAAAACACACACACACACACACACACACACACACACACACACACACACACACACACACACAUACGCACAUACAAGCACACACACACACACACACACACACGUACAUGCACACACAUAUAAUGUCAUCUGUAGACACUGUUUGUUGGGCAAGUUUCUUUUAAAAAGUAAUCACCGUAGUUACAGUUACUAGUUACUUCUUCCAAAAAUAAAUAAAAUUAGCUACCCAGUUACAAAUUAUAAAAGUAACUUAUUACUUUACAAAGUAACUAUUGCGUUACUUUCAAGUAAAUCUUUAAAUGCUCAAAUGUGACCCCACCUCCACCCCUCUUAACGGAACUGCAUGUUCAAUUAUUUAUGAUAAAUCUGAAUGUUGAAACUGACACUUAAUACAAGACAUUAUUAACAGAAACAAUGUCCACAAAUCUAAACUAUUUUAAUGUUGCUGUGGGACAAAGGGACACUAGCCUCCAAUCAAAUUCCAUGUAUGUAGAUAUUAUGUGUCUAUAGGGGAUCGAUACAAAUAACACAAUAGAUGUUUUGCAACUUUUGAUAUUUAUUGCUCCUCAUUUGGGCUCGCCAUACCUGUCUCUUGUUGACUGACUCGCUUGUGUUGUUUGUUGUGUGUCCGACUAUGCGUACUUUCGAACACCGGCCCAAUUCCACCACUGAUUGGCUUUUCAUAAAAUUUUACUCAACAACAGCCAAUUGUCAGCAUUUACGUGCUCUUCUCGUGCACUGCCCACUAACCAAGGAAGAACAUUCAAAAAAAGUCUUUGCCUCUCGGGUCAAAGAUGUAGGUGGUGUUAUGAAAAAAACAGCUUCAAUUAUAGUAACGUGCCGCAGUUUUUGGCAGUAACAGUAACGCCGUUAUUAUGAUGUGAAGAGUAAUCAGUUAGAUUACUCAUUAUCUAAUUAGCUGUUAUUUUUAACGCCGUUAUUCCCAUCAGUGGAAGACACAUUUAAAGACACACAUACAGGUUAUAUACGUACACACAUGCAUGCACAUAGCUGAUUAUACAUCACUCCUACAUGCACAAGCUAAAUGACACAGUUGAAUUGCAUCUGAUGUUUUUAAAAAUGAAUUGCCAUUCACUGGGAUCAUUUUCAGGAGGCGUAUUUCAUAUUGCAGAAGGUCAAUAUCAGUCUCUACUCUGACAUACAAACAGAAAGCUUCUGUUAGAAUUAAGUUCAAUAUGGACUCUAGUGGCUAUAAACGUCUUAAACACACCAAAUGUCUUCUCUUAGCAAUUUUUAAAGUGUCCUACCACCCCCUCAACAAACACACAAACACACACACACACACACACACACAUUCAAUCCCCAAGUGACACACAUAGUGUUACGCAGUGUGUGUCAGAAGCAGCUGUUCUUAGCUACCGCCUCCACAAUCCACUCCAGACAAUAUCAGGGGAGAAAGCGCGAAAGCAUCCACAAAAACACUCCUGUCAAACACACAUGGUCACUCCUGCGAUACCCAUCUUCCUCCCCUCCCUUGCUUUUAACACCACAACACACACACACACACACACACACACACACACACACACACACACACUCGUAUUUAAGCUGUGACUGAAUCAGGGCAAAACGAGUAUAACAACAAUAGUACUGUAUAAGACUUUGAUCCAAGGUCUGGGAGACCAUUGCUUUUUUGUUUUUCUCUUGUUGAUAGCAACAUAGAAAAAUAGAUUGGUUAACAGUUAACAGCAAUGCAACUGUAACAUUUCACUGUAAUCAAAUCCUUACAUGAUGAACAGUCAAAAAAAGAAAUUUCAAGUUGAUAAUAAUAAGUUCAGAGUUCUGAUAUCAUGAUGCAUGCGAUGAUACAAACAAAAAAGGGGAAAAGAUUUGUAAGAAAUGGAAUACUGAAUACCAGAUAUACUGUGAAAAAAAAGUUAAAAGAAGUGUACUUGGUCCAAGGAAAAGUUUUUCCGUCCUUAUUUUAAAGUCACAUCAGAUAUUUUUUCCCCCAUCAAAGUUUAAUUAGCUGUAUUUUUUUUAAAUUAUUUUCUUACCACGCACGUCUUAAGACAUCCAAAUCGAGUUGGAAUAUGUCUGGGAAAAUUGAGUGGUAUUUCUGGCUAGAUAGUGUAUUCCCUUUUUGUACUUUGUAAACGUUGGUGUUCAGGGUUAAAGGUGUUUGUAAAAAUAUAUAUAUAAUUUGUAAAAAGUUAU